UGACGUGGAAUUUAUGAGCACAUAGCCCAGUGCAUAAGUCAUAUGUGCACAAAAGGACCGGAUCUCCAAGCCGCUGAUGGAGAAAAAGCGCCGGGCGCGCAUCAACAGGUGCCUGGAGCAGCUCCGGGCGCUGCUGGAGAAGCAUUACUCGCACCAGAUCCGCAAACGCAAGCUGGAGAAGGCAGACAUCCUGGAGCUGAGCGUCAAGUACAUGAAGAGCCUCCAGAGCUCCGCACAAGGGCUCUGGCCGCUGCCCAGCGCAGCCGAUUACGUGUCGGGCCUCCGCGGCUGUCCGCCCGGCGGCGUUCACCCGCUGCUGCCGCGCCGAGAGGAGGCCGGCGGCGGCCCGCGCUGUCCCCUGGCGCACGGGCGCGCGGGCGGCAGCACCAUGGACAGCGCCGGCGCCCGCGCCCCCGCCCGCUGGGGCCCCGCUCCGGCCGCCGGCGGCUCCCGGGCGCCGCCCGCCCGGCUCCCCGGCGCCCUCCCCGGCGCCCCCGCCCCGCCGCCCGCUCCCGUCCGCUGCUCCGGGAGCCCCGGGCCUGGGCUGCGCGUCUGGAGGCCUUGGUGA